UAUUUCUUGGGUUGCAGAACGGAAGUUUUAUAACACUGGAGUUAUGAACACAGUCAAAGCAUGAGCUAAUGUUAUUUUCCAUCUAAUACUUUAGACUUCUGCUUCUAAACAGCCGACAAAAUGGUCAACAUCGGUCUCACCAAAGUGGACGAUGCGCUGGCAGCGAAACACCCGGGUUUACAGAGUUACGCUGCCUGUCAGUCUCAUGCCUUCAUGAAGGGGACUGGGACUUUUAUACUCGGUGCUGGUGGUUUAUUUGCCCUUCAGAUGGCUCUUCAGAAGAAACUUCCUUAUCCUCUUCAAUGGAACCUGCUCAUCUCAAUAGUGGCGGCGUCAGUAGGAAGUUAUGCAGUGACUCGCUGGGAGACGCAGAAAUGCUCAGACCUUUGGAUAUUGCUAGAAACAGGAAAAGUCCCGGACCGAUCGCCACCGCAAGUGUCUGCACAGGAUGGAUCUAAAGGACCUGAGAAGACAAAAUAUGGUGAUGUGAUGGAAUAAACAAUAGUUUUAAACAACCAUGUGUAUCUACUGUAUAUAAUUAAAGCUUUUCUGAAUGUGUACUGUUACAGACACAAAGACCUGCAGGCUAUGAUGACUUGAUUAAAAUAUAAAUUAUCGUGUUAAUCCGUUUACUGGGUCUUUCAACCUAAAGGGACAGUUCACCCCAAAUCUAAAUACUUUCCCUCUUACCUGUAGUUAUUUUUAUCAGUAUAGACUGUUUUGAUGUGAGUUGUAGAGUGUUGGAGAUGUCUAAUUAGAUGGCACUCACCUUGUGGUGCUCAAAGCUAAAAUAAAUAAAACAAUUUGGAAAAACUCAACAACAA